UUUACUUCGUCAGAACAGUUCAAGAAACAAUUCUCUCUAGCUCACAGUCUAGGUCUCUACUAUGAAUUAUUCUAAGGUCACAUGGAUUAGAAGGCUAAUAAGUUACUGAAGAACUUGGGACUUGUGUAUUAACAGUUUUCUUGUGGUGAUCAGUGAGAUUAUUCAUACAAAGCGCAAGUUCUGACUCUGUAUCUGGUUGCAGGAGAAGGUAUAAUUAUAUUAGUUUGUGUUCCUUUCGAUUUUGGAGUUGUAUAUUUUGAGGGUUCUCCGAUGAGAAUAAUUGAUGUGCUGUAAUGAGGCGUUCGGGCUUUUUCUUUUAACAUUAUAGCCACAAGGUCUGGCUUUGGUGAGCUACUUGGAUUCUGGCCACCAGGCGGCUCUGCUGCCUAUGAUGCCUUCCCAGGAGGUCGGCGGCUUAGCACAUUCUUCUUCUAGUUCCGGUAUCUUUUUCCAAGGAGAUGGGCAGUCCCAGGCUAUUGACCACUCUCAUUUGAGUUCGUCUUUUGGGAACUCUUCAGAUUCGAUUCCUGGAACUAUAUAUUCGAACCUGAGCGCGUUUUCUGGAGAUGCAAGUAAUACAGUCAUGAAUAGUGUGGCAACCUCAGGGCCAAGUGUUGGGGCGAGCUCUUUAGUUACAGAUGCCAACUCAGGACUUUCAGGAGGUCGCCGUCUUCAGAGAAGUGCUAGCAUUAAUACAGAGUCUUACCUGCGGCUACCUGCAUCACCCAUGUCGUUCUCAUCCAAUAAUAGAAGCAUAUCUGGCUCACCAAUUUUUGAUGGAUCCUCUAUAAUGCAGCAAAGCUCCAAUCAGGACCCAAGCUCCCAACAAGUGCAGCAAGGUGCUUCCAGUGCUACGUCCCUUCCUACAUCACGAAUGGGCCAUGUUCCAAUUCCCGCUGGCCAACGUGUCCGUGGCUCCUUCAUUCAGGAACCCUAUAAUGUGUCUCAGGUGCAGAAGAAACCCCGGCUGAAUGUUAAGCAGGAGCAAGAUGAUAUUCUGCAACAGCAGGUUUUUCAACAGAUGCUACAGAGACAGGAUUCAAUGCAGUUACAGACCCAAAAUCCACAGUUACAAGCAUUAUUUCACCAGCAGAGACUAAGGCAACAGCUUCUGCAGUCAAUGCCACCAGUGCAGCGAACCCACUUGCUGCAACAGCAGCAGCAGCAGCAGCAGCUACAGUUGAGACAGCAACUUCAACAACAGGGUGUGCAGCCUUUAUCUGCUAUGAAACGCCCCUAUGAUGGUGGUGUAUGCUCUCGUCGUCUAAUGCAGUUCCUUUAUCACCAGCGGCAAUGGCCAACUGCCAAUACUAUUGCCUAUUGGAGGAAGUUUGUGGCAGAAUAUUAUUCCCCACGUGCAAAGAAACGGUGGUGCUUGUCGUUAUACGAUAAUGUUGGGCACCAUUCACUAGGCGUUUUCCCCCAGGCAACAAUGGAGGCAUGGCAGUGUGAUAUUUGUGGUUCACAAUCUGGAAGGGGAUUUGAGGCAACUUUUGAAGUACUCCCAAGACUUAAUGAAAUCAAAUUUGGCAGUGGUGUCAUUGAUGAGCUUCUAUUUUUGGACUUGCCACGUGAAUACAGAUUCCCUUCUGGAAUAAUGAUGCUGGAGUAUGGGAAAGCAGUUCAAGAAAGUGUAUAUGAUCAACUCCGUGUUGUUCGUGAGGGCCAGCUUCGGAUCAUAUUCGCCCCUGAUUUGAAGAUAUUGACUUGGGAGUUCUGUGCAAGGCGCCAUGAAGAACUUCUUCCUCGUAGGUUGGUUGCACCACAGGUGAAUCAGUUACUGCAGGUUGCUCAGAAAUGCCAGAGCACAAUUGCUGAAAGUGGAUCUGAUGGGGUUUCUCAGCAGGAUUUACAGGCAAACAGUAAUAUUUUAUUUUAUCUCAGGGUUGUGACAGCUGGGCGUCAGCUUGCUAGGACUUUAGAGUUGAACUCACUGAAUGACUUGGGAUUUUCCAAAAGAUAUGUCCGGUGUUUGCAGAUAUCUGAGGUUGUUAACAGCAUGAAAGACUUGAUGGAUUUUUGCAAAGCACACAAAGUUGGGCCAAUUGAUGGCUUGAAAAAUUAUCCUCGACAUGCCAGUACAGCCAAGCUCCAGACGCGGGAGAUGGAGCAGCUAGCAGGUAUUCAGGGUCUAGCAUCCGAUCCCAAUGCUCUCAAUAAGUUAAUGGCAUUGCAUCCGGGAGUAAACAACCAAAUGAACAAUAACCAUCACACGUUUUGUCAAGGAGCUUCAAAUGGCUCGGCACAAGCUGCUUUGGCUCCGACUAACUACCAGAAUUUGCUGAUGAGACAGAACUCCAUGAAUUCGAGCUCUAAUUCAUUUCAGCAGGAGGCAUUGGCUUCUUUCAAUAAUUCUAACCAGAAUCCAUCCUCAACAUUUCAAGGACCCACUUCUCUACUGCCAAGAACAUUGCAGAAUUUACCAGCUACUGGCAUGUCAAAUUCUCAAAUGCCACAGCAACAGCAGCUGCAGCAACGCUCAUUAAACAAUAAUGGCAUACUCCAACAGAGCCAUUUUCCACAAUCUCAAGGCAGCCAGGCUUUACAACAGCAUAUGAUUCAGCAAAUGCUGCAGGAUAUGAACAAUAACACAGUUCGUGGGGUGCAACAGCAGUCCCUUUCUGGGCAUAAUGUGAAUGGGAGUGUGGCAAGGGAUGGAUUAGGGUUUGGAAGCAACAACAUCUCGACGGCUUCUGCAGCCUCUGGCAAUGGGCCUGGAAGUGUAAUUGGUCCCACACCAAGCAGAAGCAACAGUUUCAGAGGUGUUUCAAACAGUGACUCAUCUGCAGCUGGUAGCAACAAUGGAUCCAACCAGAAGGCAGUAGAUUUGCCACAGAAUUUCCAUUUGUCGGAAGGGAUGGUUCAGGAUAUGCCGCAUGACUUUACAGAAUACGGGUUCUUUAACAGUGAUAUCGAGGAUUACGAUUGGAAGGCAUGACUAAAAUGGUUUGGCCCUUCUAUUGGUUUUUGCUAGGUGAGCGUCUUUGCACUUAUCAUUGUACAGGUCAUUUCAACAAAUUUCUUAUUUUCAUUUCUCAGUCUCUGUUUUUCGUUUUUAGUCUCUUUUUUAAUUGUGGGGUUUGUUGUGAUUUCAAGCACUUCUACCCUGGUAGGUUUUUAGUUCUCCCGUCCCCGAAGCAUUUGCAAGUGUAAUUUAAUGGACAUUAGACUCGCGAACAGCUUUGGCUUCUUAUGAUAUGGUAUGCACAUGCUUCAUUCCUCCCUCAGCUUUCACUGCCAAAAUAGUUCUGAUAACGAAGCCGGUCCGAUGCAUACUGUAUAUUCGAGUUUGAUCGCUGUAAGCGUGUUUCUUUCCUAGUUAUUGCACUGUCUUUUGCUGAGGAUAAGAGUCCUAUAGGUGAAAGUAGCAACUCUCUUUUAUUUUUCAAUGCUAUAGAAAUGUGUACUUUUAGAAGAGAGUAAAUAGAGACUAGCAAUGGUUAUGAGCUUUUUUAUUGCAUCUUUUCCAAGCUAUUAUUUUUCUUAAA